AUGCACGAUAAGUACGACGUGGUUAUCAUCGGGGCCGGUCCCGCUGGUCUCACCGCAGCAGCUUGGAUGUCCAUCUCGGGUAUCAAGGCCCUCCUCGUCGACAAAAAUUCUUCACCUCCAAAGUCGGGGCAUGCAGAUGGCAUCGAAUGUCGAACUUUUGAAGUGCUUGAAACGUUUGGUCUAGUGGAUGCUGCGUGGAAGGAGUCAAACAAGACUGUUGAGAUAGCAUACUGGAACGACCAAGGUGGUUCAAUUUGUCGAGUAUUCACACGGCCGAAUAUGAUCAAUGGGGGUGAAUACCAUUCAUCGUAUGCUGAGUCAACGUUAGCCCAGCGUCGUGUUCAACAACUGUUUCUGGACUUUAUCGAAUCUCACAAAAAUGUCACCGUCCUGAGACCUUACGAGCCACAUAGCUUGAAAUUUAUCACCAGGGGAGGUAGUCCAGUGGAUGACUAUCCGAUGCAAUUGGAGAUAGCUCGCUGUGGCGGUAAAUCCUCCAACAAGGACGAGGGACAUGAGCCAAUGCAAGGCCCACUGAACGUUAUCCAAGCUCGCUACUUGCUUGGUUGCGAUGGGUCCCAUAGCUGGGUCCGCAAACAAUGCGAUUUGAAGCUCGAAGGCGAAAGUGCGAACGAGCAUUGGGGAGUGAUCGACUGCAUCCCCAUUACCAAUUUUCCUGACGUCAGAAAACGAUGCGUCAUACACUCUGCCUCGGGAAGUGCCAUGCUGAUACCUCGAGAGCGCCGUAUGGUCAGGUUUUAUGUUCAAUUAUCCUCAUCUUCCCGAGCACUAGACCAGAAGAAACAGACCAGCAUUAUCAUAGACAAGGUUACUGAAAUUCUUAAACCUCUUGUUUUCCUUGUUACGUCCUUCAAAGCUGAUGUGACGCAUGUCGGGCAACGACUUUGUCGGCAAUACUCUUUCCGAGAUCGCGUCUUUCUUGCUGGCGAUGCAGUUCAUACGCACACACCAAAAGCCGGAAAAGGUAUGAACACAAGUAUGCAGGAUGCUUUCAAUAUCGGAUGGAAGAUCUCUUCUGUAGUGCUCGGGUCUGCAACGCCUGCUAUUCUUGAGACAUAUCAGCAAGAAAGGCUACCUGUGGGACAAGCACUUCUUGAUUUCGACAAAAGGAUUUACAGAAUGGUGUCCCUCAAGCCAGAUGAUCAAGAUUUCGAAGCCAUGAAGCAAACAAUCCAAGAAGAAAACUCGUCUGCUUCGGGCCUGGGGGUCAUCUAUCGACCAAAUCUUCUCGUGCAUGAGACUCAGAUUCAUGAUCUAGAUUCCGAUCAGGCUCUAAGAGCAGGUUCCAGGCUCCCAGAUAUGAUGGUCUUGAAUCACAGUGAUGGCCGCCCAUGGCGCAUGCACGAGAUUCUAAACAAAGCUGGUCGAUGGAAUUUACUCAUUUUUGGCGGAAAUGUGUCCAAAAAGUGUCAGAUGGGCCGUGUCCAUAAGAUUGCGGAGAGCCUAUCUCGAUCUAGCUCUCUUGUGGGGAAGAUCAAUCGAGCAUCGAGAGGCUGCGGUUUCUCCAGCAUCGAGCUCACUCUCAUCCACUGCGCAUCGCGUGACAUUGUUGAGUUGGAUGAUCUUCCGAGGAUCUUCACGCCGAGUCAGGGUCCAAUGGGAAUUGACUAUACGAAGAUAUUUGUGGACACGGCAUCUCACACUGGAGUUGGUGGUAUGGUGUAUCGGGACUUGGCCAUCCCCAAAACGGGCUGCAUCAUGUUGAUCCGACCGGAUCAGCACGUUGCCUUUCGUGGUGGGCUGGAAAGUGUCUCAGAGAUGGACCACUUUCUGGCAAAAUUCUGGCUUUGUAACUAG